CGUGCUCCAAAAAAAUCGAUUCACUUCUCCAGAAAUCAGCUCCAGCUCCAACCGCUGCUUGGCUUUGAGUCUGGCAUCCCAUAAUUCUUUGCGCGCGCAGGUUUACGCUGAUAACCAAAAUGGCGGACUCGGUGCCGGAACUUGUAGAGGGCUGUCGUCUUCCCGUGCUCAGAAAAAAUCAAGAAAACGAAGACGAAUGGCCAUUGGCGGAAAUUCUCAGUGUCAAAGAGGUCCCUGGGAAAAAGCUCUACUAUGUUCACUACAUCGACUUCAACAAGCGGUUGGAUGAGUGGGUCACUCCAGAACGGCUGGACAUGAAAAAGCUCCAGUUCCCUAAGAAGGAGGCGAAGACACCCACGAAGAAUGGCCUGCCUGGCUCUCGGCCCAGCUCUCCAGAACGAGAAGUGAGGAAGAGUCUAGAUCUCAACGUUCAGUCUGCUUCAGCAUCGUCCAGAGGCAAAACCCUUCCCACACCGAAGAGGAAAACAGAGUCUGUGUCCUUAGCAUCACAAGUUCCUCCCCCAAUAUCAGUGCCUUCACUCCCGAGUUCAGCAGAGGCCCCACCGGCGUCUGUGUAUCCUACAGUCCGGGAAACAUUCACUACCAAAACCAGAGAUGAGCACGAGCAACAUACCUCCCUCACCACGCAGAACGGCACUGCGCGCCGUAUCCUUUCGUCUCAGCCUGGCAGGAAGAGGAAGAUCUGUGGAACGGACGAGGUAAGCACAGAAAUGGUAAAGGUAUUCCAGUAUAACAGCCCUCGCCCCGCCAGUGGCUUUCUGCCGCCAGGAGAGGAUUCGCAGGACAGCUCGGACGGCAUCCCCACUGCCCCACGUAUGACCGGUAGUCUGGUAUCCGACCGCAGCCAUGACGACAUCAUCACGCGCAUGAAGAACAUCGACUGCAUUGAGUUGGGCCGACAUCGACUCAAGCCCUGGUACUUUUCCCCGUACCCGCAGGAACUGACCACGCUGCCCAUCCUCUACCUCUGCGAGUUCUGCCUCAAGUACCUCAAGAGCCUAAAGUGUCUACAGAGGCAUUUGACAAAAUGCAAUCUCCGGCAUCCACCAGGAAACGAAAUCUACCGCAAAGGGACCAUCUCCUUUUUUGAGAUUGACGGCAGGAAAAACAAAACAUAUUCACAGAACUUGUGUUUAUUGGCAAAAUGCUUUCUGGACCAUAAGACCCUGUACUAUGACACAGACCCGUUUCUCUUCUAUGUAAUGACGGAGUAUGACUCCAAGGGCUUCCAUAUAGUUGGCUACUUUUCAAAGGAAAAAGAGUCUACUGAGGACUAUAAUGUGGCCUGUAUUCUGACCUUACCACCAUAUCAGAGGAGAGGCUAUGGCAAACUGCUAAUCGAGUUCAGUUAUGAGCUUUCCAAGGUUGAAGGUAAAACAGGAACCCCAGAGAAGCCCCUGUCUGAUCUGGGCCUGCUGUCCUACCGCUCUUAUUGGUCUCAGACUAUUCUCGAGAUCCUCAUGGAACUCAAAUCAGAUACUGGAGAAAGACCACAAAUCACCAUCAAUGAAAUUAGCGAGAUUACCAGUGUAAAGAAAGAGGAUGUAAUAUCAACUCUACAGUACCUCAACCUCAUCAAUUACUACAAGGGGCAGUACAUUCUCACACUCUCGGAGGACAUUGUAGAAGGUCAUGAACGUGCCAUGCAAAAACGACACCUCCGUAUUGACCCUAAAUGCUUGCAUUUUACCCCAAAAGACUGGAGCAAACGGGGCAAGUGGUAGAAACAUGCUACACUGCAAACUCUGGGACUGGAGCUUGGAGAACUGCAACGUUUGACCCGACUACAUUGCAAAAGUCAGUUUAUAGGCCCUGAGUCCCUUCUAUUGUCUUAAUCAGAAAUAGACAAAAAAUAAUUUGUUAUUCUAGUGAUCGUGCUUUGUGAUCAUCAGUCAUAAGAUUGUGUCAUUGUGUACCUUUUUCUGACUCACAUUGGUGUUUGAACAAAGAAAGUGGAUCUACUUCAGAUUCAUCCACCUUCUUAUUUUGAUGCCCCUAUCUCCAUCACUCUCAGUCCUUUUAUUCAUCGCUGCAAUCGGUGUGAAUGAAUGAAUUCACCAGAAACUCACUUUCCACGAUCUCAUAAGCGAGUUAUCAAAUCAAAAGACUCAGUAACUCAAAUCACAGACAUUUUUUGAUUUUUACCAGCACAUCCACAUUGUGUGGAUUCUACGCACAAGCUAAAGCUAACCUGAUGUUUGAUUUUGGGUGUUUGUACAUAAUAUACACAGUUGUCUUCUUUUGUAAAGGAUGUUUUUAAACUUGGUAUUGCAUCUCUCUGUGUGUGGGGGGAGGAAUGGUAAAAAAAGACAAACAAAAAAAAAAAAAGCAUGCGGAUGUUCAUAAAAAUAAGCCAUGUCGAACUGUUACAGAAAUGUAAAUUUGGAUGCGUGUACAGCCUUUUUUUUUUUUUUUUAUGGUUAAAAAAAGAACUGAAUGUAAACCGUGAAACACUCGUGGCAUAGUAUUUUUAAUUUAACGUAAAGACUAUUUUCUGUAAAAAUCUAGUCCAUUGUUUAGAGAUCUGUAACAUGAAAGAUUUCUAUUAGUGUUUCUUCCCCAGUAAUAUUAACUAUAUUAAUAAUGGGUUUAUUCCCGAACAGUUUUUAUGUAGUGGCAUCAGGUGAAAUUUUCUGUUCUCUCCUACUUACACUUACACAGUGUGUGUGUGUGUGCAACAUACACUCCCGUAUGUUUCAUGUAAUUUCUCUUUACAGUCGUCAUUAAAUGCCACAAGGUGGAACCACUUUUUUAUCGAUGUAAUAGUUAAAUAUCUCUAAUUUUCUCACACAUGAAAUACCUCUGGAUAUCAUUCAUAAAGUUUUUUAUCUUUA